AUGAGGUGCCUUUCGUCUGGAGAUCUUUCUCUUCUCACUGUCCUGCAGCUGCUCCUCCUGUGGAGAGUGAGCAGCCAGGGUAUCCAGCCUCGCAUCGUGGGAGGCACCACCACAACCCUGUCGGCGGUGGGUGGUUAUGUGGUCAACCUGCGCUAUGAUGGGACCUUCUACUGCGGCGGUUCCCUGGUGAGCAGGAUGUACGUGGUGACGGCGGCCCACUGCGUCAGUGGCUACCAGGCGAGCCGCAUGACGGUUCAGGGCGGAGUGAGCAAGCUCUCCCAGACGGGGGUAAUACGACGCGUGGCCAGGACCUUUGUGCCCAGCACGUACAGCAGCUCGCGGCUGAAUAUGGACGUGGCCGUUUUACGGCUGCAGAGCUCCAUGACGGGCAACAACAUCGCGACGAUCCCGCUCUGCUCGGUGCAGUGGAGUCCCGGAGACUACAUGCGGGUCUCCGGCUGGGGAACCACGCAAUCCAGUAGCUCCCAACCCUCCAACCAGCUUCGCACAGUGCAGAUCCAGCUCAUCCGGAAGACCGUCUGCCAGCGGGCGUAUCAGUCCCAGGACACGCUGUAUGCCUCCACCUUCUGCGCCCGCUCCUCGGGCAAGGACAGCUGCACAGGCGACUCGGGGGGAGGUGUGAUCUACAGGAAUCAGCUCUGUGGCAUCGUCUCCUGGGGCCUAGGCUGCGCCAACGCCAACUAUCCUGGCGUCUACACGAGCAUCCAUCGGGCGCGCAGCUUCAUCGUCAGCUCGAUGAACAAGUGA